AUGAGGAGACACGUUGUACUCUUGCUGGCUUACGUAGCUACUGCAAGUGCUACACUGGAAGUAGUCAACCAAUGGAGCUUCAUGCAGUUUGAUUUUCCCCCCGAUCCAGUGCUCUUGGAGAAGUUCCAACCAGAGAACACCGUUCCCACGGGUCUUGAGAUUGGCUGGGACAGGCUCUACUUGGGAAUACCUCGAUUGAGGGCAGGCGUACCUGCAACUUUGGCUUGGAUACCACGCAGUUUGCCCCCAGGCGUCAGUCCUGUUCUUCAGGCUUAUCCUGACUGGUCAUGGCAUACGGCUGGUCGAGGUGACAUCAACUGCACAGGUUUGAUCUCCGUGUACCGCGUGCGAGCUGACAGAUGCAACCGACUCUGGGUCUUAGAUGCUGGAGUGGUUACCAGCAUCGAUGACUUCAGACGAGUCUGCCCUCCCAAAAUCCUGAUCUUUGAUAUGGCUACUGAUCGCUUGGUACGAAGCGUAUACUUCCCUCGUGAGCUGCUGCGUCCUAGCUCGCUGCUUACCAACUGGUGCUUGACGACACUCGCUCCUCCAACACCAGGCUUGCAUCUUCCUGCGACCAUCUCUUCGCUUACAUCAGUGACACGGUUGCACCAGGUAUCAUCGUGUACGAUGGUCGUCGUGACAACGCGUGGAGAGUCACGCACGCCUCCAUGUACCCCGACCCCGACCUUGGAGAGUACGACAUUGGCGGCGAAAGGUUCACCCUCAUGGACGGUAUUGUGGGUCUCGCUCACUCCCCUGCUCAAGGCUUGCUGUACUACCAGCCUUUGGCCACUGACAGACUGUUCAGCGUGUCGACUGCGGUGCUUGCAUCUGGUCCACCGGCGGAAGGCACAGACUUGCCCGUGAACCUCGUAGGACGCAAGUCCUCGCAGGGUCUCGGAGUGGCGGUAGACCCGAGAGAUGACACCAUCAUAUUCAGUCCCAUGACUGAGACUGCUAUUGCGGCCUGGAACCCCAUCACAAACACACACAAGGUGUUGGCCCAAGACCCAGAGAAGCUGCAGUUCUGCGCUGAGGUGAGAUGGGCCGAGCGCGACAACGGCGCCAUCUGGGCUCUUUCUACACGGUUCCACAAGUUCUUCCGACGCUCCGCUUCUAAACAUGAGACCAAUAUUCGUAUCUUACGCGUAGUAGACAGUGGAUUCGUCUCUCUGCAGCCGCAUGUACUUCGUCGUGCUGUGCAGUUCAACGCUACCUCCAUCUCUCCGCACUAA